AUGUUCUCUUACAUUCAUCAUAUUAGUUACAGUGGCCGAGUGGUUAAGGCGACGCCCUGCUAUCAGCAGUUUAGGCGUUGGGUUUUACCUGCGCAGGUUCGAAUCCUGUCUGUGACGCCAUUUCUUUUUUUUUGA